AUGUCUGAUCCUACUUCAUAUAGAAGCCUCAUUGGUAGGCUCAUCUACCUAACUAACACCAGACCCGAUAUUUCGUAUACUGUCCAACACCUAAGCCAAUUCGUAUCUCAACCUCUCUUGCCGCAUUACAAUGCUGCCAUUCGUUUAUUACGCUAUCUGAAAACAUCUCCUUCUUCUGGCAUUCUCUUAUCUGCUACCAGCUCACUCAAACUUAAUGCAUUUGCUGACUCUGAUUGGGCUAGAUGCCCAGAUUCUCGAAAGUCAAUUACAGGUUUUUGUAUCUUGCUUGGGUCCUCUUUAGUCUCAUGGAAAUCGAAGAAACAACAAACAGUUUCUCGAUCGUCAACCGAAGCAGAGUACAAAUCCCUGGCCAGUCUCACUUGUGAGCUUCAGUGGCUACAACAUCUCUUCAAAGACCUUCGUAUCACAUUUCAUUCUCCAGCUUCCGUAUACUGUGACAACCGACCUCCAUCUACUUAG